AUGGGCUUCAAGUCAAAACUAAGCGCAAAAGACCUUGAAAAGGCUCAAAGAGAGCUAAACGAAGACCCAAAAACCAGAGAUCAAGCAAUAAAAUCUCUGCGAACAAAGUGCAAAACAUCGCGGAAAAUCCCUAGUGUUUGCUGGCCAAGGCUCGACGAUGGCUUCCUUCUGAGAUUUUUGAGAGUCUCGAAGUUUGACCUUGAUAAGGCGGUUGAUAGACUUGAAAAGUACUUCGAGCUUCAGAAGGAAUGGCCAGAGCUGUAUGGCGAAUCGGUUCAAGUCCACGGCGUCCGCGUUGUUGGCGACCAAGGAUCGUUGAGCUUCGCGCAUAUUCGUGCCACUCCGAUGCGAGUGAACAAAAUGUGGAGCAGAGCUGUUGAUGGAUGCUAUCCUUUCCGAAGCAAGGGAGCUGUCAUGAUAAAGUUCCCUGGUUGGUUCAUGUCUAUUUUCAAUCUCUUCCAGACGUUCAUGUCCCAAAAGAUGAAGGAUAGAAUUGUCUUGAUUGGACGAAAUGAACCGGAUGAGAAGCUUUUCCAGCAUGUUCCGGCGAAAUAUCUUCCUGAAGAUAUGGGAGGAGAAGUGAGCAACAAGAAUCAGGCAGAAUGGACUUGCAAACUCAAGAAACUCGCACCAAAGAUCGAAGCAGAUUUCGCGUAUUUGAAAAGCCACUGCUCCACGACUGGAACUUAUCGAAAAAUUGAAGAUGAUGAUACUGAUAUGCUUGCUGCUAUGGAAAUCGCAAAACUCAAGAUCGAAAACGCUGAAGUAGAAGAAGGAACUGAAUUGUAA